AUCAGCUGAGAAGAGAUGGCCUCAGCGAGUCCCCCUGUGGCCUCCACACAGCCCACCUUGCCCUCUGGACCUGCUGUCUUGAAAACGGUCCCCUACGCCUUCAUCCUACCGGAGAUACUCUGCGGGACCUGGGUGUGGAUCCUCAUCGCUGCUACCUCCGUCUCCUUCCCACUGCUGCAGGGAUGGGUGAUGUACGUGUCCCUCAGCUCCUGCCUCAUCUCCCUGCUGCUCCUUAUAAGCUACCUCUUCGGCUUUCACAAAAACAGCGAGAACUGGAAAGUGCUGGACAGUUUGUACCACGGUGCCACAGCCAUUCUGUACAUGAGCGCUGCUGUCUUGCAAGCCAAUGCAACCAUCCGCUCCGAGCUUGGCCCCAACUCGCCACUUUACUACCAGCUCAACAGCGCCGCAUCGUUCUUCGCCUUCAUCACAACCUUCCUGUACAUCCUCCAUGCCUUCAGCAUCUACUACCAGUGAGCCUGGCAGUGCCAGCUU